AUGGCUCUCAAGGAUGACAAGUUCCCUGCCUCCGAGGCCUUCGACGUCAUCAAUGCAGCCCUGAACUCGAGCGACAGCGAGCGCAAGGACGCCAUCAAGCAGGGCGGUGCCGUCUUCGCCUUCACACUCAAGAACAAGGCCGGCGAGACCGCGAGCUGGAACAUCGACCUCAAGGAGACCGGCAAGGUCAGCAGCGGUCUCGGCGAGAAGCCUACUGUCACCCUCUCUCUCUCGGACGAGGACUUCGGCAAGCUGGUCAGCGGCAAGGCCAAUGCCCAGCGCCUGUUCAUGUCAGGAAAGCUCAAGGUCAAGGGCGAUGUCAUGAAGGCCACCAAGAUGGAGCCCAUCAUGAAGAAGGCACAGACAAAGGCCAAGCUGUAA